GUGGGUUGUUUCUAUACAAUAAACGGUAAACAAUUCAUGAAUAAUUUGUUUUGGAAUAAAUAGUGUAAACAAGAAUUUACCUGUAGUUUCACACUGACGACGUUACAGACUUAGUGUUGAGUGCUUCUUUUAGACACUGUUUCUUCAGGUACUUCAGUGUCUAAACCUUUGUCAUCAGAUGUGUGUUUUGAAAGCUAGAGGAAAAGACUAAUUUAUAUAGGUGCUAUUUGUAGAACCCCAGUUCAGUUGUUCACUCACCCACCCACCCACCCCACUUGACCUCGAUGAACAAAGCAGCUCUUCUGUGGUCGUUCUGAAGGGUCUCUUCCCGUUACUUCUUACACGUCCUAGUUCUGUUGUUCACUCACCCACCCACCCCAGUUGACCUCGAUGAACAAAGCAGCUCUUCUGUGGUCGUUCUGAAGGGUCUCUUCCCGUUACUUCUUACACGUCCCAGUUCAGUUGUUCACCCACCCCACUUGACCUCGAUGAACAAAGCAGCUCUUCUGUGGUCGUUCUGAAGGGUCUCUUCCCGUUACUUAUUACACGUCCUAGUUCUGCUGUUUUAGAAAUUAAAAAACUUGUUGCAUCCCAGAUUGAAAAUUAAACUAGUGUUGUACUUUGGAGCCGUGUGUGCGUUGUAAGAGUAAUAGUCAAAUCUCAUUAUUCGGUCAGACAAGAGUAGCUCUAGAGUUGACGGUGAUUGCUGCUAACCAUUUACCAUCCCUCAUGUUUAUCAGCACAAAAAUUGUGUUGGCCAUUUGGAAAUAUCUCUUUCUGUAACUUUGUUUGUCCUUGUCUGAAACAUUCUCUUGUAAAAUUAAAACCUACAGUGUUUGUGCAUUAGAAUGCUCUUUGGCCGAGGUAACCUGUAGUGAGAAAUAUAACAAUUCUUAUUUUAUUUUUUUAUGAAGUUCAACAUUUUUAACACUAGGGGGCGUUUUGAUUUUCCAUCUGCAUCCUUGAUCUGUGUAGUACUGGCGUCCCUGUGUCUGUAAUGUGAUUUAUGACCUAUAGACUUAAGAGUUAUAAGUUGGUGUACGGUUUUACAUCGUUUUAAGACAUCUAACCAGUAUAUUACUUCUAAUUAAACUAGAACAGAAUUACUUCUUCAAAGUCCUCAACGUUCUUUGUAUUUGGGAAUAUGCGGAUCGUGUGACGUCAAACAAUGGCGACAGAAAGACUUAGUUUCGCGGGAUUCUUGCUUUUUGCGAGCUCUUUGUUCUCUAGAGUAGCCACAGGAGAACCUCCAAAAAUUCAGCCUUUUACAUUUCCAAUGCAAGUGGAACUAGGAACACAAACCAGCGUAUACUGUGGUCUUUCUAAAGGAACAAGACCGAUCGAAUUUAGUUGGAAGAAGAAUGAAAGGACACUUAAAUCAGUAGACGGUAAAAUUCAUAUCUUGACACCAGGUGGCUCCACUGUUCUUGAAAUCCAAAGACUAGGUUCUUCGGACAUAGGAAACUAUACAUGUAUUGCUCGAAAUUCUGCUGGAGAAGACGCUUAUACGUCUAGCCUAGUGGUGGAAGGUAAGGUUAGUGAAGAGGGCGCUGUUUCCAUCUAAAUACUAGAUAGAUCGCGAAAUACUUACUUGCCAAGUUAUAACACCGAAUCACUUGUCUUUUAAAGCCAGGAAGGAAUUUUUGUGUGUUGUGUUGUAUCAGCCCGUUUUAAUAUUGGGUGGAGGAAUUUUUGUGUGUUGUAUUGUAUCAGCC